GGGCUCUGUUGCAGCGAGGUGUCGAGGACGAAGGCUGCCGUGUCGCGGAUGCUUCUGCAGGAAAUUUAGCUCUCCAGAAAUACCGAAAGGCGACUAAGUUUAGUUCAGGAUGCGUCCGUAAACCCACCGGCUGUCCUUAAAGGGGUAAAAUCACACAUUCUGAGACAAGCUUCGCUAUUUUUCUAUUCCUGGAGAGCUUUAUGCGCCUCGUUUCCAAUCAUGAUCGGAAGAGGACUGUUCGUUUUGACAAUACUGUCCAACUGCGUUCUGUCAUUGCCAGUGACUCCAAGUCAGCUGGAGAAUGAGGACGUAAAGGUCAUGAAAUGCAUUGUGGAGGCAUUGGCGGAUGUGCUAUCAAGGCCCCACCCCAUGCCUGUCAGUGAGGAGUGUUUGGUCACACUGAAGACAGAUGACAGGCUUGUUUCUAUCCUUCGUCAUCAUAACUUUCUGAAGGAGCUGCAGGAGAUCGCUGUCCAAGGUGGUCAGGGGAGAGCUCAGCUGCAGAGAGACACUGGUGCACCUGAACCAACCACUCAAAGUCCUCAGACUGCAGAUGAUGUUGCUGAUCGAUCCAUGUUGGAGGCUUUAGGAGGCCCAGGUGAACGAUCCAUCCUGUCCCAAAAGAAGAGGACAGGAAAUGGAGACGGAGAGGAAGACAAGGAUGCCAGUUUGAGAGAUGGAGAGUCACAGGAGGAUGUUGCUGAAGAGGUGCAAGAGAAGAGGGGAAAUGAUGAGAGCCCUGGAAAUCACGUCUCUGAGUCUGUGGAUGAGUGGAGUGAAGGCAAGGCUAAAAAGAGGGGCGAAGAAGAAGAAGAAUAUGAAGAGAAAAGAUUUCAUUCAGAGGAAGAAAACAUGAUCAAGGAUAAGAAAGGUGCUGGAUCUGGUGAAAAGAGAAAUGCACCCAGAAUCAAAUCAAAAGAGAAGAAGUUUGAUAAAGAAGAUGAAGGGGAGACAAAUAAGAGAUCUGCAUUUUUAUCACAUAGACCUAAGCAAGAGGAGGAGGAGGAGGAUGAAGGGGAGAUGAAGAGAGAGAGUAGUAGGGAGAGCUUGAAGCGAUUGACCAAGACGGGCAAGCAGAUGCCAGUGAAGAAAGCGCAGCAGCUCAACAGUCAGCAGAAAGUGCCACAUCACUCCAAAGAGGUCCCAGAGGAAGACGAGAAGAAGAAGAAGAAAAGAAACACGCAGAGGAGUCAAGAGGAGAAGGAGCUGCAGAUGAUCGCUAGAAGGGGACCUGAGGAGAGCAGGGGGUUGGAGGAAGAGGGCAGCGCCAGCCGGAAGUCAGAGGAGCCAGAGAUUGAAAGCCUGGCAGCCAUCGAGUCAGAGCUCGAAAACGUUGCCCAGAAACUCCAUGAGAUGCGGCGAGGCUGAGAGAGAAAGAUUGGAUAAAAAAAAAAUGUUGACGCCGCAACCUCCUCGUCCUCCUCCGCUUUACCAGCUGCCUAGUUUCCACAGAUAGAGAGUUUGAAUAUGUGACAAGAUUUUAUCUUUCGCUAUUUUUCUGGAGGAUGCACACACUGCUGCAGCCUCCCUUGUGACAUUCUGUCCCUCACAUAGAUUAGCAUAGAUGCACGUUGCAGUUAGACAUGCAUACUGUACUAAAAACAAAGAAAUGCACAAGUUCUGUGCAUUUGAACACAUGCAUAUAAUAUUCAUGAAAAAUAUUUGUCAGUUAACGUUGACAGCUUGUUUUACUUCAUUUUCUCUGACAAUCAUCUCUCUCUUUCUGCGGAUGUAUCUCGUCUGCUUUUGAAAUAAUUUUAACACUGCACAUUGAUUUAUGUGAACAGUUGAGGCAGAUGCAGGUAAACACACACUGACAAGGUGAGGUUGUACAACGGUUGUAACGGCAUGUAUACAAAGCUCUUUCUGGGAUGCUUACUUACUUUUGGGGAAGCGGAAGAAAAAGACGUAGAUGCUUACUUAGUAUAGAUACAGUUGAUUCUAAUCAAGCCAAGGCAAUAAGUGAACAUUUAUAGCAGAUUAAUGAACUGUAAUUCAUUUAUGUAAGAAAACCAAUAAAUUGAAAAGUUUAACUAGAAA